CACUUGCCGACAUGACGUUACGAUCACAAUCCCCCUCUCCCUAAUUCCCUCCACACACACAUCAAAAUGCCCGAGAGGGUCCGCACCGUCUUCGACGAGGCCGGUGACACCGUCCCCACCACCAAAACACCCCAAUCCGACCAAGUCGAGGUUCCCGCCCCCACGAAACGAAAGACCCAAGGCAAAGAGGACGACCACAAACGGAAGAACAAGAAGCGCAAACAUGACAAUGGCAUAGCGAAGUCUGAGAAGCCAGCGAAAGAUGACACAGAGGUAUCUUCUGCACCGGAGGGAGAGCAAAAUGGAACGAUCUCGGACGACAAGCCCGCGGUCAAGAAACAGAAGCACCAACAACAACACAACAAGCUAGCGAAAGACGGGAAACGGAAGGACAAACAGACCUCGAAGACGAAUUUCGCCCCCUUGCGAGAAAAGGCGCAAGCGUUGUACCAGCUCCGCAAGAACCUUCCGAUUUUCGCCCAUGGCGAUGAGAUACGUGGAAAUUUGCGCAAGAAUGAUGUGAUGUUGUUGGUUGGUGAGACGGGUAGCGGAAAGAGUACGCAGAUUCCGCAGUUCUUGGUGAAUGAGAAGUGGUGUCGAUCGGUGAAGACGGUUGUGCGGGGGAGUGAUGGGGUGGAGAAGGAGAUUCCGGUGGGAGGGUGUAUUGCGAUCACCCAGCCUAGAAGGGUGGCGGCGAUUUCUCUGGCUCGACGUGUGGCGGAGGAAAUGGGCACUCCAUUGGGGAAUUCAUCGCCGGCGAGUAAAGUCGGUUACUCGGUUCGAUUUGAUACGUCGACGUCGCCGAGUACACAGGUCAAGUUCUUGACGGAGGGAAUGCUGCUGCAAGAGAUGCUGCAUGACCCGUGGUUGACCAAGUACAGCGCCAUUGUGGUUGAUGAAGUGCACGAGCGUGGUAUCAAUGUUGAUCAGGUGCUCGGGUUCUUGAGGAAUAUGUUAUCGGGGAAGAAGGAAGGGCGCGGUGGAGUGCCCUUGAAGGUCGUGGUCAUGAGUGCUACGGCGGAUAUGGAGAGUUUGAUGGGAUUCUUCAAGGAAGGAUUCCAAGUUCGACGCGCUAUCAAGGAGGGUGUGGAGAAGAAGGACUCCAAGGAUACAAACGGGGAUGUUGCAGGCCAGAAGAGUGAGGAUGAUAUCGCGGUGUGCCAUAUUAAGGGACGUCAGUUCCCGGUCAAAACGAUAUACGCUCCAGAGCCAGUUCAUGACUUUGUUGAUGCGGCUCUCAAGGUGAUUUUCCAGAUCCAUUACAAAGAGCCUUGUCCGGGAGAUAUUUUAGUCUUCCUGACCGGUCAAGAGACCGUCGAGGCCUUGGAGAAACUGAUCAACGAGUAUGCUACUGGAAUGGACCCUGCGCUGCCGAAGAUCCAAGUGCUUCCUCUCUUCGCAGCCCUCCCUCAGGCAGCUCAACAGCGAGUGUUCGUCCCAGCUCCGCCUCGGACCCGCAAGAUCAUUCUGGCCACAAACAUUGCAGAAACAUCCGUCACAGUCUCCGGUGUGCGGUUUGUGGUGGACUGCGGAAAAGCAAAAGUCAAGCAGUUCCGUUCUCGUCUCGGUCUGGAUUCGUUGCUGGUCAAGCCCAUCUCCAAAUCGGCCGCGAUCCAGCGUAAGGGUCGUGCUGGUCGUGAAGCACCCGGUCAGUGCUACCGCCUCUACACAGAGAAAGAUUACUUGGAGUUGGACGAGGUCAACACACCAGAGAUCCUGAGAUGUGACAUCAGUCAAGCUCUACUCAACAUGAAAGCCCGCGGAGUUGAUGACAUCAUGGGCUUUCCCUUCCUGACAAGACCCCCGCGGGAGGCCCUGGAAAAGGCAUUGCUCCAACUCUUGAGCAUCGAAGCCCUAGAAGAGACUGGAAAGAUCAGCCCAAUCGGAUUACACAUCGCCAAGCUACCUCUCACCCCGACACUCGGUCGUGUGCUCCUAGCAGCAUCCGAAUACGGAUCCAAUUGCCUAUUGGACGUAAUCGACAUCAUCUCCUGUCUCAGUGUCGAGAACAUCUUCCUAAACACCACCUCCGAAGAAAAGAAAGAGGAAGCCGAAAUCGCCCGACGGGAUCUCUACCGCAGAGAAGGCGACCACCUCACCAUGCUUUCUACCGUGCAAGCCUACGCAGCCGAGAACUCAGACCGAAAGGCCUGGGCCGAGCGACAUCUCGUCUCCCACCGAGCCAUGCAAUCAGUAAUGGUAAGUCAAUGCCCCAUCAUCCACGAGCUAUCAUUCCCCUAACCACAACCACGAACCCCAUCCAGGACGUCCGCAAACAACUCACAACCCAAUGCCGCCAAGCCAAGCUCCUCCCCAACGACACAAGAGGCAAUUCCUCCGUCCGAGACCCAUCCCCCAUCCACAUCCUGAAGAGUUUCCUCCGCGGCUUUUCCACCAACACGGCACGUCUAGUCCCAGACGGCAGUUAUCGCACCGUGGUCGGCAACCAAACGGUAGCAAUCCACCCGUCCAGCGUCCUAUUCGGCAAGAAGGUCGAAGCCAUCAUGUACAACGAAUUCGUCUUUACGAAUCGCAGUUACGCCCGGGGAGUGAGUGCCGUGCAGAUGGAUUGGGUGGGGGAGGCACUGGCCGGAUAGACUAGAUAGACUUGGCUUAUCUUCCCCCCUCCCCUCUUCUGUCUCUCUCUCUUUCGAUGAAUCGUUUCUCAGCGCACCCGCUGUAUAGAUACGCAGUUAGACUACUACUACUACUACUACUACUACUACUAUACCCAUACG